AUGAACUCCAACUCAGUUUACAUACCACAUUAGUACCGAGCAUUUGUUACGUAGUUGUCGCUUUUCUGUGUAAAUAAAAGUACUUAAUGAUUAACAAUUAAAGUAUAAUCAACCAAUAGUUACGUGAAUUAAUUUACAUUCCGCUCUGUGAUCUCACGAAGAAACAAUUCGCAACAGAUUAUUAUUCCUGACGUACAGUAACAGUUAAGAGUGGAAAUUCCCGUGUAUUCCUAUAUAUACGCUGUAUGAGUGUUAUGCGUAUGUGUAUCGAUAUAAUUCAACACAACAAAAAUGAUGGAUUUUGAAACGGGAGGAGUGCCUGGUACCCUCGUCCUAGUGAUAUCAUUAUUAACACAUGUUUUACUCAUAUCACCAGUGAUCUACAAUUUGGUGUUAUUUUUCACAAACCUCAGUUUCUUCGCAUGGCAUCCAAUAUGCUGCGUCACAGGGGUGGGCUUUUUGAUAAUGGAAGCCAUUCUCAGCGUCUCUGGCGAACCGACCAUAACCUCGAGAUUGACACGAACUAGACGCAUAGAUCUACACUGGCUCCUGAACGUCUUAGGGCUGUCUUGUAUCGUGGCUGGCUUUAGCAUUGUUUUUAUUAACAAAGAGAAUUAUAAUAGGAAUCAUAUAACGACACCUCACGCCAAACUGGGACUCAGCGCCAUAAUAAUCGCCAUUAUUGUAUGCAUUGGCGGGAUCCUGGCGAAAAACACGCGUUGGGUUUAUCCAACAGUACGUCCGUUAUUUAUUAAGGUCUGUCAUGUUUGCCUAGGAAUUAUAGCCGCAAUCCUCUUACUGGCUACUGUGAUUAAUGGGACUUAUAAAUCCUUUUGGCCAGGAACUGAUUUAGGCAGAAAUUUAGUCUUUGCUUCGUUCGUUAUUGGAGGAUUUUUAGUACUAAUUAAACCUCUGCUACUUACCGUUAGACGAGGUAGAUCUCUAUUUGCGCCAUCUACCGGUCCACAUACUGGACCGCGUAACCCAUAGCAAUUGAAAGUUGGGCCAUACCCAUCGCUAGUAAAUUAAAGUUACUGGUCAUGUUCUUAAUUGAUUUACCAUACGCACUUUCGUUAUUAGUAAUCCGACUGUAGAUAGUCUCAUAUCUCUUGCGAUAAGAUCCUCGAGCGGAGGUAACCGAUUCUUUCGUAAGAUACGUAUAUUAGAACGAUUGACGUGAAAAAUUAAUUAUAUAUCACUGUAUGUAAUGCCAACCAUAUAUAUCAACACUUUAUUAAUUCCACACGCAUCGUAUACAUAUACAUAGAAUAUAUGUUAUAUAUAUUUUUAAAUGCAAUAUACAUAUACAAUAAUACAAUUUCUCCUUUCUUAUUUUUUGUCUUCGGUAAAUACUUAACACGGUAACUGUACCUGUAUUCUCGGUCUUAUCAAUUACUAUAUAUUCCAUCUAAUCUUAACAUUAUGCAACAACAUGUUUCCCCGCGUAUACACACGCACGGAUCACCUAUAUUUUUAUCACUGUACUCACGUACACUCGAAUUAUUAUAUUAAUCUAGAUUUUAAUUUAAAUCUAAUUGUCCCAUCUUGAUUCACAUGAAGAUUUCUUUCCGUGCAUAUUGUGUAUAUUUGAUUGUAUAUCGUUCUGCUGGUAGCCGUUGUAAAUAAACAUAAAGUAAUAUAAGUGUA